CGCAGGACGCGAGAAAUCUCGGCGGAGCGCCGGGAGGAGGCGGGACGCGCUGCCGGGCUCGGUGCUCGCGGAAAAUCGCGACCCGGAACUGGCCGCCAGGCCCUCGGCGACCAGGACGCGGCCCGACGCGCGGCCCCGAGCUAGGCUCCGGAGCAGGAGCCCCACCUGUGAGCAGAGGCCUCUGAGCCCAGGACCGAGGACAGCAUGGCCACGGCAGCGCCGCUGCGCAGCCUGGAGGAGGAGGUGACCUGCUCCAUCUGCCUGGAUUACCUGCGGGACCCUGUGACCAUCGACUGUGGCCACGUCUUCUGCCGCAGCUGCACCGCCGACAUCUGCGCUGUCUUGGGGGCCCACCCCGCCUGCCCCCUCUGCAAGAAGCCUUUCAAGAAGGAGAACAUCCGCCCCGUGUGGCAGCUGGCCAGCCUGGUGGAGAACAUUGAACGGCUGAAGGUGGACAAGGGCAGGCAGCUGGGGGACGCAGCCCGGGAGCAGCAGGACGCGAGGCUGUGUGAGCGGCACCGGGAGAAGCUGCACUAUUACUGCGAGGAUGAUGGGCAGCUCCUGUGCGUGCUGUGCCGGGAGUCCCGGGAGCACAAGCCCCACACGGCCGUGCUGCUGGAGAAGGCCGCCCAGCCCCACAGGGAAAAAAUCCUGAACCACCUGAGUAUUCUAAGGAGAGACAGAGACAAAAUUCAGGGCUGUCAGGCGAAGGGAGAAGCUGAUAUCCUGGCUGCGCUGCAGAAGCUCCGGGAGCAGAGGCAGCACGUCGUGGCCGAGUUCGCGCAGGGCCACCAGUUCCUGCGAGAGCGGGAGCAGCACCUGCUGGACCAGCUGGCCAGGCUGGAGCAGGAGCUCGCCGAGGGCAGGGAGAAGUGCCAGGCCAGGGGCAGCGGGGAGCUGGCCCGGCUGGCGCUGGUCAUCUCUGAGCUGGAGGGCAAGGCCCAGCAGCCGGCCGCAGAGCUCAUGCAGGAAGAAGGGGAGAAUGGAUCCUGGACUCACAGCCACGUGAAAGCAGGUGGCGUGUAUGACUCGCCUUCGCGGACCCGGAGGUGGUUUAUUGCUGACACCAGGGACCUCUUGAACAGGUACCCACGGAAGAAGUUUUGGCUCGGGAAACCCAUUGUUCGGGUGGUUAAGAAAAGAACAGGAGAGUUCUCGGAUAAACUCGUGUCUCUGCAGCGAGGCCUGCGAGAAUUCCAGGGGAAGCUGCUAAGAGACUUGGAAUAUAAGACGGUGAGUGUUACCUUGGACCCGCAGUCGGCCAGCAGGUCCCUGCUGCUGUCGGAGGACUGCAAGUGCGUGACCUACAACAGCGACCUGUGCCGCCGCGCCUACCUGCACCCCCAGCAGUUCGAUUGUGAGCCGGGGGUGCUGGGCAGCAAGGGCUUCACCUGGGGCAAGGUCUACUGGGAAGUGGAGGUGGAGAGGGAGGGCUGGUCCGAGGAUGAAGAGGACGGGGACGAGGAGGAAGAGGGGGAAGAGGAGGAGGAAGAGGAGGCUGGCUGUGGAGAUGGAUACGACAACUGGGAAACAGAUGAGGAUGAGGAAUCAUUGGGGGACGAAGAGGAAGAAGAGGAGGAGGAAGAAGAGGAGGAAGUUCUGGAAAGCUGCAUGGUGGGCGUGGCCAGAGACUCUGUGAAGAGGAAGGGAGACCUCUCCCUGCGGCCGGAGGACGGGGUGUGGGCGCUGCGCCUCUCCUCCGCGGGCAUCUGGGCCAACACGGACCCUGAGGCCGAGCUCUUCCCCGCAGCGCGGCCCCGGAGAGUGGGCAUCGCCCUGGAUUACGAAGGGGGCGCCGUGACCUUCACCAAUGCCGAGUCGCAGGAGCUGCUUCACACCUUCACGGCCACCUUCACCCGGCGCCUGGUCCCCUUCCUGUGGCUCAAGUGGCCUGGAACACGCCUCCUGCUGAGACCCUGAGCCGCUGCUGCCUGCCCUGGCCCCCACCCCACGGGUCUCCUCUGGAAUUCCAGGACUGGAGGGGGAAGGAGAUGCCUGGCCCAGCACCUGAAGGAGGGAGAGGAGGGACCCCACGGCCACUGCUGCUCCACCUACACUGCAGGGCGCCUCUUCCCCACCUCUGGAGGUCCUGUGCACACUUCCAACCUGGCUCCUCCCCUCCCUCCCGCAGCCUCUGACCCAGCCCUGCACUGUCUUUGCUGAGUAAGAGGCCAGGCAGCGCUUUCUUGCCCAGCGUACCAUUCCGUGCCACAUGUCCUUGGGAAAGACCAGCGGACUGUUCCACCCCGGCCACUCCUGUCCCCCGAUCCCAUAGCUUCCCCUCACCCCGUCCACUCUGCUGCCUUCCCUGCCACUUUACAGAGCUGCCCCGACGCAGAGGGAAACAUCUAGGAAAAGGCUGCAAACGCACGGAAGGAGAGGCAGCGAGGCCUCCCUGGCAUUGGACCCCGACGCCUGGCGUCCAGCGGAGGUCUCCGGCGUCGAGGGCAGAGACCACGCUCUUUGGAGACCAGGGCUGUGCGUGUGCGGUCCAGACGGUGUAGGUGGGGCUCCUGCAGCCACGGGUCUCGGGGAUGGUCUACCUACCUUGGCUUUGGGAUGACACUUGUGACCAGUGAUCAGUAAGUGACCUCAUGGGUUGGUCCUUGUGAGGAGAGUUUUUUAAACACCCAGGAUAUCUUGCUCUUUGUGGUCCAUCUGAAAGCACAGGGCGAAUGUCCCCCCGAGCAGAGCCUCCCCUGCUGCAGGGCUGGGCCAUCUUCUCCAGUGGGGCACUUGGCUCCCGCUCCACCCCUCAUCCUCCUGGCACGGGCUGGGGAGAGGCAGGCAGUGGGCGUCCACAGGUCCACGGGCCUUUAUGUCAUGAGAGGAAUUAAAGCAAAUCUGCCCACAGGCCCAGCCCAGGUCCCAGCCUAUGUCCAGGCCCCAUAGUACCCACAGGGGAGGGUAGCACAGCUCCCUGCUCCAGCCAGAUCACCACGCAACGUGCCCUUCCAUGGCAGGCACUCUGCCUGCCCUGCCCUGAGCGGCUGCUCCUCGCCGCUGGACACUGCUCCCUUCGCCAGCACACCCUCCACGCCACAUGCUGCCUCCGUCACGCACAUCCGACUUCCGUCUAGUUCUGUAAGCUCUUUGAGGGCGGGUACCAUAUCCUGUAUUCUCCAUGGCAUCUAGUGCAGUGCUGCGCAGAGUAGGUGCUCAAUAAAACCUUGUUGGACAGCCUGGA